AUGCCCAAAAAGCAGAAGAAAUCCUUUGUUUUCAAACCCACUGGUACCCCGCAUCAUACCCUCACUUCCAGAGCCCGGCAGAAUGAUCAAACACAACGACCUGCAGUCUCCACUUCGGACUCGCCUUCUGUCAACGAUCUGAUCAGCCACCUUCGUCGAACACAAGCGCCAAACCCCUCUGAGCACGACUCUCCAACCUCUUCACGAUCUCUAAUCUCCCAAGGAUCUGUUCAUCCAUCUCUCAGAAACCUCCUCGAGCUUCCAGAAGCCCCACAACCUCGUCCUCGCCUUGGUUCUCGCCGCACCGUUAUCGGUGGGCGUCCUGUGAGAUUGACCCCGGGGCCUCCGCCCCCAAACAGCUGGCUCUCGGGGGACAGUGACGAAUCCCGCUCCGCGGGGGAAGUCACCCUGGCGACUGCUGGACAUGACAGAACUAUUAUAUAUCGUCUUGACAGACUCCCAGGGAUACAGUUCCCACCCGAGUCCAGUCUACACCAUGCAGUUCUGAAGUCCAUGGCCCUGAACUGGGCUUGGCAUCUGGAUUAUGAUGGACCAUUCCUGGCUCAUUUCCCCUCACAUAUCAAAGAGCUUCUGCUCAGUUAUGUCGCUGUCUAUGCAGUUCGCACUAGAACUCAGUCGCUGAAAGGACGCAUGAGAGGUCUGAGGCCACUGAUUUUUGCCGCAAGUGACAACGCGGAAACCGCGGGAGAGCAAGAAGAAACGCAAGUGGAUACAGUUGAAAAGAUCAGUGCUAGUAUUUGCCGAUUGGAUCUGGCUUGGGCAUUAGGUUACUGGAUGACGUUCAAACAGCUUUCAGGCGAGCUAUUCACACCCGCCAAGUCAGUACCUACUCUCGCCCAGCCUGCGUCCAAGGAGAGCGUUCCUACCUCGUGGGAUGAACAGAAACCUGAAGAGCAUGUGGAGGAUGUCACUUCAUCUGCCGCUACAGCUGGUUCCAUUCCAAAUCCCAUCAGCCAAAACGUUCGCUUCACUAAUCUUCGCUACCUUUCUCUCGCACAUCCAGUCCCUGGUGCUGCAAGCUGGAACUCUCUCCUAAACAUCCUUUCCCGCCUUUCAACCAUCACCCACUUAUCUCUCGCUCAUUGGCCCCCUCCAACUCGAACCCCUCACACCGCACCUCCGCGGAUGCGCCCACAGAGUCACCGAGGCCCUGCGUUCGUCCACGGCGGUACAGAUGUGUACUCUGGAGUGGAAAACAACUGGGCUGAAGCAGCGGGAAUACUUCGACAGCUCUCUCGUUAUACCUACUGCCUGAAAUGGCUGGAUCUCGAAGGGUGUUCUGAAUGGAUUCCCGCGCUAACAUGGACGGGCACUGACCCAGAUGGCCAGCCCUGCCGGCCGGGCACGUCAGGCCCAGAAUGGAACGGGUCAUGGAGAAAUGUUGAAUGGAUAGGCCUAGGUCCUGGCUUUGAGUAUCCAGCGGAUAAGGACCUCCUUCUUCCUGAAAGGCCCAUCUCGGCAAUCCAAAACUUGCCCCUUCCAUCGUAUUUCCCGCCUGCUUCUCUUGCCGAUUCUCUUCAUGCACCGGUCAAUGCUUUUCAAAACCUCGCGAUUCACGAUCCGCCGGAUCGUAUGGACCCUCCGCGAUCCCCUCCCCCAACGGAUUUACCGUGGAAUGUGGAGGAGGAACGUUGGAUGUAUCGUCGCGACAGGGAGCGUUAUGCGUGGCGUGAUGCGGUCAGCAAGGCAAAAGAAGUUUGUGCUGGAAUCCGGGCUAUCAGGAAAGCUGGCCGUGGGAAAUGGAUUGAGGCGUUUACUGGAGGAGAUAAAGAGACCUGGGAUAGCCGCUCCAAGCAUAUGAGUUCGUGA